AUGGAAGAUGCCUGGAUUUCAAAGAACUAUGGUGACGAUCUGGACCUGCAAUGCACGUACACUUGUAUCCGAGUCCUCGACAGAAGACUUAUGCGGUAUGACACCGGAGAGGAACUGUUCCAAGCAUUAUGCGAAAGUAGAGGAGUCGGCGGUGCUGACGUUCUCGUCAACACGAGUUUGUCUAUGAACAUCAAUUCAUUCGAACUACUUACAAUCCGAAUCGGACGUUUACGAUUAAGAAGACGUGGAUCAAUUCCAGUUUUGACAAUCUUCGUCGUUUAUGAGCCGACAUCAAACUAUGACGAAGAAGGAGUAAAACGUUCUAUACGGACUUCGAGAAGUUUUACAAAGAAGACCAUACAUUUUUCAGUAAUCAAUGGAGAUUCAAACGCCAAGACUGGACUAAGAACAAUGUCUGAAGAACGUCGCAUUAGGAGCGAUGGAUUAAAACGGAACGAAGAGGGUGAGCGGCUCUCUGAAUUUAUCAUGAUGACCAAGACUAUCCAUGGCAACUCACUAUUCCAGAACCUCCACCCUUAA